CUCAAAAUUACGUAUAGGGAAGUGUGAAGGAGGAAAACGUAGCCGGUGAGAAACUUUUCACCUGAAUGAUGGCUGCCUCGACGAAACUGUCAUCUUUCCGUCUGCCUCCCUUGCCCACCAUAGGCGAGAUCAUAAAGCUGUACAACCUGCGAGCUGAGAAACAUCUCUCACAGAACUUCCUGUUGGACUUGAGGCUCACCGACAAAAUAGUGCGUCAGGCGGGCUGUUUGAGGGACGCCCAUGUGUGCGAGGUGGGUCCGGGCCCUGGUGGUCUCACCCGCUCCAUCCUUAACGCCGGAGCGACAGACGUGCUCGUGGUGGAGAAGGAUACACGCUUCAUCUCGGGGCUGAAGCUGUUGUCUGAGGCAGCUCCAGGGAGGGUGAGGAUUGUCCAUGGGGACAUUCUCACCUACAGAAUGGACCGGGGAUUCCCAGACACCAUCUCUAAGCCAUGGGAUGGAGAUCCUCCAAACCUUCACAUCAUAGGGAAUCUCCCCUUCAACGUCUCCACCCCCCUCAUCAUCAAGUGGCUGGAGAACAUAGCCAAUAGAACGGGGCCCUUCGCCUUCGGUCGCACCCAACUCACUCUCACCUUUCAGAAAGAGGUCGCAGAGAGGUUGACAGCGAGCACAGGCAGCAAACAGAGGAGCCGUCUGUCCAUCAUGGCUCAGUAUCUCUGCACCGUCCACAACUGCUUCACCAUCCCUGGACGGGCCUUCGUCCCUAAACCAAAGGUGGACGUGGGAGUGGUUCACUUCACCCCUCUGGUGCAGCCCCAGAUCCAGCAUCCCUUCAAGCUGGUGGAGAAAGUCAUCAGGAAUGUGUUCCAGUUCCGCAGGAAGUACUGCUACAAAGGAGUAGAAAAGCUGUUCCCUGAGGCGAGCCGUUUUGAGCUGACACAGAAGAUGUUGCAGAACGCAGACGUGGACCCCACUCUGCGCCCUACAGAACUCACCAUACCCCAGUUCCGGGCUUUAGCGGAUGCCUACGCUCAUUUAUGCAUGCAUGAACCCAGUCUGCUCCACUAUGAGUUCAGAGAGGAGCUCAGACUGAAGCCCCUCACCAAGCAGGGAAACAAACCGGAGGACACAUUUAUUAUGGACGAAAAGCUAAAUAAAAAUAAGCAUGGAAAGCAAGAGAAGCCCACUAAUAGCCUCUUUUAGUGCAGGGAAACAACAGAGAGCUCUUAGCCUUGACAUUUCCAUGCAUUUUUAAAAUCUUUUUUCCCCCUGUGUCAGUCACCUUGGUAAACAUGAAAUCCUGGGACAGACACAAUAACUACAAGACUUAUAAAGAUCCAGGAUUGGUGGAAACAGCUCCAAGACCUUUCUCUAGGAUAUGACAUCUCAAAGCAGAGCAAUGUGUAUUUGGGAGAAUAAUAGUAGGAUGCUCAUUACCCAAAGAAGCUCUUUGUCCCAAUUCCUACUUAAAAUCACAUCUUGCAUAACACCUUGUCCUGUGGGACCCAAAAGAACUGUCAGUGUUUUCAGGGUGAUUUAGAAAAUGGGAACAACAUGGCAACACCGUAUUCAGGCCAUUUCCCCCUCGCUGAGUACUGAGUUCUUAGUCGCUUGGGAGAUGGUGCUAAAAGGGAGGAGGAAAUGUUUCAAAUCCAGAUGGACUAUUUGUAAUAUAGAGGAAUACAUUGUCAAUGCCUGUAUUUCUGUUUAAAACACAAACUAAACAAUUACCUUUUCAGAAUAACUUCAUGAUUUUUCUGGAGGCACAUUUGUUACAUUUCUUGUACAGAAUACAGUAUUUAUGUCAUUGCUGUUGAAUAAAAUCAGAACACUGUUGUCAUUUAA